AGCGGAUACAUCGGGCGGGAUCAUGGUCAACUUUGGCGACGAGUUCGAGCUGAGCCGGUGGUUCAACAAUACUAGUAACUCUGUCAGCAGCGCGCACGCCACCGACAGUGAGGAUGGCGAUGCCGCGGGAUCUGUAGACGACGCUGUAGCUCCAUCGUCUAGCGCGAACCUGUCCGAGUGUUUUAUUUGCCACAUGCCCAACCCCGAGUUCAUGUCCACCAAUACGGUUAAGAAAGCGGCGCCCGUUCCUGUGUGCUCCGUGGGCUGUGAGGCCAAGUACCUCGAAAUGAAGGGGAUGCGGCCGUCAGGCGACUCGCGGAACGCGGACCCGAACCACUGCUUCGUGUGCCAGGCUCCCGAUCCCGAGUAUUCCGUCAGCACGCGCGGAACUGUGACUCCCGUGUGCAGCAAAGAGUGCGAGGGGGUAUUCCUCCGUCGGAAGAAACAACGUGGGAACGGCGAUGGUGACAGCGCUUCAGCGUCCAAGCGCUCCAAGAGCGAUAACGCGGAACCUGCCAAGCGCCAGCGACGCACGCUUAACUUUCUGGGCGAUCAGCUACUCAACAGCUCGGACGGCAAGGGGUACAAGAGCUGGUGGCUGGGUGCACUCACUUUCUACGACUUUGUGUAUCAACGCCAUGGAAUGUGGCACAGUUACUCAAUCAGCAACGACGUGCCGCGUGUCGACGCGUGCCUGAUCAAAUUCGCUACUUGCAACAUUUAUCGCGAACUGGAUCGCAGUACUGCGUACCUCCGAAAGCAUGUGCUUCGAUGGCAACAAUCUCACCAAGGACGCCUCGGUCUGCGCGAAGUACUGUGGAUGGCAGUAGCAUUUAGGUAUUGCAACCAACUGGAAACCUUUUACAAGCUCAAGGGGAUUCCGAGCUCCGACGACUUCCCCCACUUUAGUAAGCGACUGCUAGCGAUGACAAAGCGCACCGCUGACAGUGAUCUACUGGCCGGCGACCGUGACCUUACAGUGGCCUCUUAUCUGAAGACCCUGGAGAAGUUUCUGCUGAACAUUGAUGAGACCACAGUGGCGGUAAAGGAAUGCACCACUUCCGAGAGCAUUUUCGAGACCCUUCGAAAGUUCCAAGACAACGCACUUGGAUCAUUUACGUGCUGGCAGGUGGUGUGCGACCUGAUGGAGCUGCACAUGCUGGCCGAGGACUUAAUCACGGACGAGUUUGUAUGGCUCAGCCUAGACGCGAGGAAGAGUCUGAUUCAGGUAUUCGGCAAGAACCGUGCGCGCCCAUCGGAAUACGUCGCACUCGCGAAGCUGCUGCAACAACGCCAGCUACAAGGCUUUAAGGCUCUUCAGGUGGAAUUUCCGUUCUUUAUGAACCAGAAGCUGGACUUGAAGAACAUUGGACACGCACUGCACGGCUUUCAGGUGUAUCGCAACAUGAAACUAAUGGAGCAUAAGCAAAUCCAGAAACAGGAGCCCGGUACCACGCAGCCUGUGCUGUACAACUCACGUACGUACAUGAUGGACUCGGAGAACUGCGAGGUCUGCACGCACCCGGAAAAUGAGGACGAGUUGGUGCUCUGCGAUAUGUGCCAGCGCAUGUUCCACAAGUACUGCAUCAACAUGAAGGAGCUACCUCCGGCCUCCUGGGUGUGCACUGCUUGCAAGAAGCUGCAAAACUAUCCUCAUGAAGGCCUGGCUGUCGAGCAGGAAGUUAUCUCAAUCGAUUAA